CCAACCAACUCCGAGAUUUAUCUUACUCUUUUUUGUAUUUUUCCUCUUCCUUGUUUGCUUUCUCUAUUGAAGAAGUGAAUCUGGACGAUUAAGGCCGUCAAAUUUUGGAACUUGAACCAUCAAAUUUAUCAAAAUAUUUGGUUCUUUGAAUCUCUACUUGUAUUUAAAGCUUCUUGAUUCACCAUAAACCCGAUUAUUCCAUUUCCAUUUUUUUCUUCUGUGUCAUUAAGACAUGAAGUUCUUCGGGUGGAUGCAAAACAAGCUACAUGGGAAACAAGGGAAUACUCAUAGACCAAGCAUAUCCUCUGCUUCUUCUCAUCAACCGAGAGAGGAGUUUAGCGAUUGGCCUCACGGGUUACUAGCGAUCGGAACAUUCGGUAACAAAGAGCAUACACCACAAAAACUUGAUCAAGAAGUGAUUCAAGAAGAGACGGUUUCUAACACGCACGUGGAAGAACAAGCACAAGAUAGAGAUCAAGAUCUUUCUUAUUCCUCCGACGAUCUAGAAGAAGAUUUCACUCCUGAGGAAGUCGGGAAACUACAAAAGGAGCUGACGAAGCUAUUGACGAGGAGGAGCAAGAAGAGGAAUUCUGACGUGAACAGAGAAUUGGCAAAUCUUCCUUUGGAUAGAUUCUUGAAUUGUCCUUCGAGUCUUGAGGUCGAUAGAAGAAUCAGCAACGCGCUUUGUUCCGAUGAGAAGGAAGAAGACAUUGAGCGUACGAUCAGUGUUAUCUUAGGAAGAUGCAAAGCCAUUUCGACAGAGAGCAAGAACAAGACGAAGAAGAGUACGAGAGACUUGAGCAAAACCUCUGUUUCUCAUCUCCUCAAGAAGAUGUUUGUAUGUGCAGAAGGUUUCUCCCCAGUACCUAACCCUAGCUUGAGAGACACGUUUCAAGAAUCUAGAAUGGAGAAGUUGCUGAGAACGAUGCUACACAAGAAGAUUAACACUCAACCUUCCUCGAAGCAAACAUCAACGAUUAAAAACUUGCAAGAGAAGCAACAACUUUCUUUGAAGAAUGAGGAAGAAGAAGGGAGAAGUAGUAGCGACGGCGGUAAAUGGGUCAAAACAGAUUCUGAUUUCAUUGUUCUUGAGAUCUGAAUAUAUUGAUCCACAUUUGCCUUAUUCAUGUUCUUACAAGAAAGUACAGAUAUAUAUAGAGAAUCUUUCAAUGACAUCAAGACAAAGAAAUGAUCGAUCAAUCAAUUUCAUUUUCUUUCUGAUGAAAGUUUUUGGGUAAUCUGCAAGAUCCCAUGAAUCCCUUUUUUUGCAUGGUUGGAUCUUAAAAACCAAACAUGUUUUGGGAACUUAAACAUCAGACAGUACAUGAAGAUAUUUAUAUGCAUGCAUACAUGUGUGUGUAUAUGUAAAGAUAGAUAUAUAUAUAUAUACACAUACAUGUAUGUAUGUAUUUUCAGGUGGAUAACCUUGGUUUAUAGAGACAUACUUCCUCUUUCUUUUUUUCUUUUUUUUUUCAGUCAUUUUUACAUGUUUUGUUUUCUUUUUCUUUUUUUACUUAUUGUAACACAAAACUAUUCAGAUUAAUAAAACUUUUGUCUUAGCCUUGUAA